CCCUCUCUUAACCCGUGAACAUCAUUUCGGUGGCGCGAGAGACGACACACACGAUGCAUGCCUCAGCUUUUGCAGCAAGACGUCAAUGUCCUCCAGGGACAUCUUCUUGGACUCAAUCUCUGCACGACUCGACCCACACACACAGCACACAGAGAGACACAUACACGCACACGAAAUCCGCCUGCGGUCGUGUCUCGUUGUCACACCUCUUAUCGCUUCGUCGACGGCUGCUCGAUCCCCCACUGUGUCAGCAGGGAGAGAGCAACACAGCGGAAUGGGCACCGCAAAAGAUGCCGUACUCCCGUCUUCGUCCCCCCGGCCAGCCCGACCAUGAUAUGCAAGUAUCAGCUCCAUCAAGCAUCCCUCAGGGAUCAUGCCUUCCUCCUCGUCCUCCCCCCCUGCAUGGUGCAGCAGAAAGAGGCCUGGGUCAUUGACGGUCUGCUGGCGCCAUUCGGGCAGGGCCGCCAAGACCAUCCAGCUCGUGCAAUCGCCGAUCUCGCGCAACUGCAUACGAAAGGAGGAGGAGACACAUGGAUGUACGCAGCAGCUCGUCCGCUUCUGGUGCUGACUUUCCCACCUGCUGCUUGACGUCAUCCAGCCUUUGGAGCCUGAAAGGGUUGUCAGUGAGGACCGUGGCAAAGAACCUCCCCCACCCGCCUUCAUCCGCCUCCUGCGACAGCCCCUCAGCCCUCUCAGUGACACCAAAUUCUCCCUUGCAAUGGCGAGACCCCGCCGCAGGCACAUCACUCGGCCUCAGGAGCGAGGCCCCAGUGAAAUUUGGAGGCUCCUCAGCUGCUGCUGCCGUGUGGUUGUCGUGACUGCCACUAGAGUCAGAGCGACUUAUCGAGCGACUGACAGCCUGAGGGAAGGGCGAAUUGGGAGGUGGCGGCAGCAGUGGGGGGCGCCUCAGCGAAGCUCGGUGGGUCUUCAGCCUGCAUACACAGCCACGACACAUGCCCAAAGAUUGGCUCGCUUUGAUCAUCACAGCAUACCAGAUGAGGCAGAGGGGCCACCAGUCCAGAACCGACAGGUAGGGCGCUGGAGGGGGGGGCGGCCGACGUCUUCGCUUGUCGCGCGGAGCUGGGCCAGCUGCCGAGACCGCAACGGAAUUCAUCGCCACUCGGGGAAUG